CAACUAUCCCUGACAUUGCCCUGCAGUACUGUCCUCGUACAUUCACCGGUAAAGGAUCAUCGACAAUGUACAAGAUCAAGUUUAUCAUCCUGACAACUUUGGUAGUCGCUCUCUGUGGACGUGCCGAUGGUUCCACAUCAGAAACAAACCGACAGAAGAGGUUUUUAUUUUACGACGAAGAUGGACACUUGGUGAAUGCUUAUGGAAAUUCCUUAUUGCGAAAUCUCUUUCUCAACGCUGGAAACUUCCCUUUCUUCAGUGCACUUUUCAACCCCUUCUUUAAUUACCUUCGGCCAUUAAAUAUUGGAGGUGUCCCAGCAUGUUACAUGAUCCCCGUAUCGGACAGAGUGAUUCAAAACAUAAACAAGAAUCCCGCAAACCAGAACAAACUGAUCAUAUCCCGAAAUGAACCUAUCAUUGAGCCCAACGCAUUCUGUGCUGGGAAGAGAGGUUCGUUCUCGUCUCCCAAGUCUUGUCGAUCAUUCUUGGACUGCUGGGACGGAUGGGCUUUCCAGCAGGAGUGCCCUGAAGGUUUAUUGUUCUCUAACGCUGGUUUAUGUGACUACGCUGACAACGUGGAUUGUAAAAAUAGAAUGAUUCCAUCAUCAGUACAAACUUCGUGCAAUCGGGAUUUCCAGUCUUACAGGAAUCAAUACAACUGUAAUGAGUUUUUCGUGUGUGUUAGUAGGCAGCCGAUUAAGUUCAAGUGUCCUGCGAACCUCGCCUAUAAUGAAAGACUUGGAGUAUGUGACUAUGCAGACAAUGUUAACUGCCGAAUAUACCAGGCUGAUCUGCCAGUAGAACUGCCGGUAGAUGCCACGCCGCCCGCCCUACCAGUCUCGCCAACAGUGCCUUCUAGCAACGUUGAUCCAACAGUACCUGCUUUGCCUACGUUGGCGCCUAGCAAAGAAGUCGGGAACACGUUCAUCAUCAGGAAUUCGAUAUUCAACAGUGAAAGCUUGAUAGCUGGCCACGAAGCGUCAUCUCGUGAAGAUGCCAUCCGUCAGCUGCUGUCUUUAUUCACCAAAACUGAGUGAUUACGUCGUGCCAAUAGCACCUAGACAAUCAAAACUGAAUAACAUACUCUGUACUGACACUAUACUUUCAAAUAAUUAUAAUUUAUAUUGUAAUUUAUGUUAAGAAAUAAAAGACUUUUUAAAAUUA